AUGGCAUUUAACACAUGUGGUUCGCUUGCAAUCAUCGGAUACACUUUUCAAGUCAUAGGAAAAAAUCUUCGAAAACAAGACUUUUUGUCAUUCGUUCGACAACUGUAUUCAGAAUGAUGCAAUAGCAGUUAGCAUUCUGCAAGACGUGUUCAUUCGACUCAAGAAAGAUCAUUCUGAAAUCGAAUCAGCAUGUAUACGUUGUGACAAUGCAGGGUGUUACCACGGAGCUGAAAUGCUACUUUCUGUGAAGGAACUAUAUGAAACAACAGGUAUUUUAAUUCGUCGUGUUGACUUAUCAGAAGCUCAAGCAGGGAAAGGUCUCUGCGACCGUAAGGCAGCUGUCAUAAAGGGUGAAAUUCGAAGAUACGUCGAUGAAAAGCAUGACUGCACUUCAAGUGCAGAAUUUGUUGCAGCUACAAAAUCAACACAACACCUGACGAUUCUGUCAUGCGUAUUACCAACAUUCAAAACAAACGACCAAAAAGAUUAAAUGGGGUGGUAUUAAAAAUUAUAGCAACAUUGAAUUCAUUCCAAAGAAUAAUACAGUAUUCAAUAUAAGAUCAACAGUAAUAGCACUGCCCGCUUCAGCUUCUGCUUCAUCAUCUUUGCCAAUAACAGGUACACCAUCAUUAGUAUCAUCAUCACAAUCAUUUACAAUAUUAAUAGCAUCAUCUUUAUCAAGAACAUCAUUAACAACAACAGCCAAUAUUUUCAAUCAAUUACCAAUAGAACUCGAAAUAAAAGUGUGGCGAGCUUUUGCCAUAGGUUCAGGAAAAACAUUUAGAUUAUCAGAUUUCGAAGGAGCCCAAAAAAGUACACCAUUGCUUAUCGAUUCUAAUGCACAACAUCUGAACAAUGAAUGGAAAUUUGAAGCAACAAGAAAAGAAGAAAAUAGUGACGAUGAAAAUAGUGAAAAUGAGCUUAUUGAUAAUGAUGAUGAUAGUCAGGUAGAUACAAAUCAAUUCCAAAAUGAACCAGUUAAUCAUCAUGGCUUCGACAUGUGGGAGUGCACUUAUGAAAGGUACAUUUUACAAUUUUGUCGUCGUUCAGAUCGUGACAAUCAUGUUGAUACAGGAAAACAUAAACUGGAACCAUAUGUUGUUCCCAUGAUAGAAAAAGCGAAGUUAAUGUACAAAAAUUGUCUACACAACGACAAUGUUCAAAAGAAUGUUCCGCUAAAUAAUUUCACUGUUAUUCAAGAUGUAAAUUCAGCAAAUACCACGAAAAAUUUACAGCAAGGUUGGGCUCUGCCUUCAAAGAAGAUUCAGAAACGAUUCAACUCGAAUAAAAAAAAAUUAUGA